CGCAGAAGGAGCACGUCAGACUGCAUAAAGGGGAUACAUGCAUCGGGAGAGACGUCGUAGCUAGAUAUUUCAAACUAUUCAAGACCUGUCGUAGUCGUCUCGAAACUCAAAAUGUACCGCUUGCGGGCGUUGUCGGCGGUAGCGUUGGGGCUGGUGCAGUUGUCACGUCGUUACCAUGGUGAGGCUGUGAGGGGCGGGGCCGGUAAAAGGAGACUGAUGCUAGCAGCUCUGGUGGGUGUGACCGGGGCCUCAGCCAGCGCUGGACUGCUCUGGACCAGAGCCUACGCAGAUGCCGGGCCUUCCGUCGAGCACGACGAACAUCCCGAGGUAAAGGAGGCGGGGUUUGUGAAAGAGGCAGAGUCAGAGGCCGAGAGUUCGGUGGAGGCCAGCGACGGAGAGGAGGGAGGAGCGGAUGGAAAGAAGAAGAAACCACGAUCGGGAUUCCGUGACCGCAAGGUGAUGGAGUAUGAGAAUAGGAUUAGAGCCUACUCCACUCCAGACAAGAUCUUCCGUUACUUCGCCACGCUGAAGAUCAUCAGUGAGCAUGGAGAUGCAGAGGUCUACAUGACCCCACACGACUUUGUCCGUUCCAUCACCCCCAACGAGAAACAGCCAGAGAACCUGGGUCUGGAUCAGUUCCAGGUGAAGCGAUAUGAUGGAAAGAAGAUUUCCCAGGAGAGGGAGAAGUUUGCGGAUGAGGACAGUAUCUUCUUCACACUGGGAGAGUGUGGUCUCAUCUCCUUCUCUGAUUACAUCUUCCUCACUACCGUGCUCUCUACGCCCCAGAGGAACUUUGAGAUCGCCUUCAAGAUGUUCGACCUGAACGGAGAUGGAGAGGUGGACCUGGAGGAGUUUGAACAGGUCCAGAGUAUCAUCAGGUCUCAGACCAGUAUGGGGAUGCGUCAUCGGGACCGCUCCACUACGGGUAACACCCUGAAGACUGGCGGCUGCAGCUCUGCUCUUACCACAUACUUCUUCGGUGCCGACCUGAAGGGCAAACUGACCAUCGGCCAUUUCCUGGAGUUCCAGAGGAAGCUGCAACACGAUGUCCUUAAACUAGAGUUUAUGCGUAACGACCCAGUGGAUGGGUGCAUAACAGAGAGGCAGUUCGGAGGCAUGCUGCUGUCCUACAGCGGAGUCCAGUCACGUAAACUCAAACAGAUGCAGAAGGGACUCAAGAAGAUGUUCAAAGAUGCUCAGGGCAUUACGUUUGAGGAGGUGGAGAAUUUCUUUACCUUCCUGAAGAAUGUGAAUGAUGUGGAUACAGCUCUGAGUUUCUACCACAUGGCCGGAGCCUCCAUCGAUAAAGCCACGAUGAAGCAGGUGGCCCGUACGGUGGCUAAAGUGGAGCUGUCUGAUCAUGUGUGUGACGUCGUGUUCGCUCUGUUCGACUGCGAUGGUAAUGGAGAACUGAGUAAUAAGGAGUUUAUAGCCAUAAUGAAGCAGCGUCUGAUGCGAGGUCUAGAGAAACCUAAAGACAUGGGUUUCACCCGGUUGGUACGAGCCAUGGUGAAGUGUGCCCAAGACACCGCAUGGGACUUCGCCAUGCCAAAACAGAAUUAGACACCUGUGUGUGUGUGUGUGUGUCAUGCCCAAGCAGCAUUAAGGAUGGGAGGGAUGUGAGAAUGCAAGUGUGUGUAUUCCAGUGACGAAAAGGGUGCUCACUCUGCUCCUCCACACCACUCUAAACGUCGAUGACGUCUUCUGGCUCUCUGUGUCUCUGUGUGUGUCUGUCUCUCUGUGUCUCUCUCUGUGUGUCUCUCUCUCUCUCUCUCUCUCUCUCUCUCUCUGUGUCUCUCUCUCUGUGUCUCGGAUUAAAAGCAUAUAGUUAAUUGGCAACAAUAGGCGUUAUAACUCAUCUGUUCACACCAAUUAAAGACAUCAAACUCAUUUUGACAUCAGCUCUGGCGUAAACAUCAUGUUACUACAAUAUGGUUCUUUCAUCCCAAAUGACACCCUAUUCCCUAUGCAGUGCACUACUUUAGACCAGGGCCCUAUGGGGAAUGGCACCCUAUUCCCUAUGUAGUGCACUACUUUAGACCAGGGCCCUAUGGGUCUUCUUAUGGGCCCUGGUCAAGCGUAGUGCACUGCAUAGGGAAUAGGGUGCCAUUCCCCAUAGGGCCCCGGUCUAAAGUAGUGCACUACAUAGGGAAUAGGGUGCCAUUUUGAGAUGCUGACGCGGCAGUUUGUCCUAAGAGGCUUUCCAUGGACGGCUCUCCGCAAUGCAUCAUGGGUAUUAUUAGGGGAUGGGAGUUACAAUCUUGUAUAUUUAUUGUUUUGGCGAAUGUAAUGUAAACAAACACAACCCUUUUCCCUGAAUAAGGAUUAAACAGCACUUUAUAAACCCUCGUUAUAGUUUAGAGGAUUUAUGUUUGACUGCAAAACACAACACAAGAAAUCCUGUUACUCCCUCAAUUCAAAGGUUAAAGGAUUCAUUUAAAUCAUGUGGAAUGUCUCUCUAAAAUAGGUGUCUCUCUAUAAGGCUGUUCCAUCUCUCCUCUCUCAUCCUCUCUGUCCUUCUAUCCCUCCAUCUAAUGUGUCUCUCUAUGAGGCUGUUCCAUCUCUCUCCUCUUCCAUCUCUCUCAUCCUCUCUGUCCUUCUAUCCCUCUAAUGUGUCUCGAAGAUAUUCUACAACUGUACAGACUGUCGACGUUGGAGUUGUUUUCCCUGCUACCAUCCCGGCCUGUUUUAUUUCAGAGAGCGGGUUAUUAUUACUGAAUGACUUUAUAAUUCUGAUGUUCAACCAGAGUAUCAUUAAAGAUGUUUGUUUUUCUGAA